UUGAUCAUUAACAGAGUCAAGCUGAUCAAGCAACCCACCAUAGCUGUUUUUCCCCUGUACGAUCCUUGUACUUGUAGUGAAUUACCAGGAAGAUGGUUGAGGAUCUGAAGAGGCUACUGCUUGUUGUUCUUGCUGUCCUCUGGCUGCUCAGCUUAGCACAAGCAGGGAAUACAGACAGACUCUCAGGGCAUCACUGCACUGACUUCCAGACAGCAAAUUUCCUACGGGGCAGUAAACUUAAGGUCCAGUUUCUUCUGUUCACCUCCUCAAGCCCCAGCUGUGGAGAGCUGAUUUUAGCUGAUGAUGGCAUCAAGAAUGGCAGCUUCAAUAGCAGCUUGGAAACCAAGAUCAUAAUCCAUGGUUUCAGGGCUUUGGGUACCAAGCCCUCCUGGAUUGAAGGGCUUGUCCAAGCCAUACUGCACACAAGCUGGGUGAACGUGAUCGCAGUAGACUGGGUUUAUGGGUCUACGGGAGCCUAUCCCUCUGCAGUGGAAAAUGUCACACAGCUGGCCCUUUCCAUCUCACAAUUCAUCAGCAAGCUCCUGGCCCUGGGGGUCUCAAGGACAUCUAUCCACAUCAUUGGGGUAAGCCUUGGUGCGCACGUUGGGGGCCUGGUGGGGCACUUCCAUGGCGGUCAGCUGGGACGGAUAACAGCCCUGGAUCCUGCAGGCCCUAAGUACACCAGAGCCAGCCCUGAGGAACGCCUGGAUCCUGGGGAUGCCCUCUUUGUGGAAGCCAUUCAUACCGAUGCUGACAAUUUCGGGAUCCGGAUUCCUGUAGGCCACAUCGAUUAUUUUGUCAAUGGAGGCAAAGAUCAGCCAGGAUGCCCCCGAUUCAUCUCUGCAGUUUUCCUUGCAGGCUAUAACUACCUGAUCUGUGAUCACAUGCGGGCUGUACAUCUCUAUAUCAGCGCUUUGAAACAUUCCUGUCCAAUCGUGGGGUUUCCCUGUGCAAGUCAUCAAGAGUUUUUAAAUGGUCAUUGCCUGGACUGUGCAGAACGCUUCCUGUCCUCCUGUCCCAGAAUAGGCCUGCUGGAGCAGGCAGGUGUCAACAUGAGUAAGCUGCCCAAGGAAGUGAAAGUUUAUUUAAUGACCAGUCCUUCAGCCCCAUUCUGUGUCUAUCACAGUCUGGUUGAGUUCCACUUGCAGAAGAAAAGAAGCACAGUCACCAGCAUUGAGAUCACUUUCUUCAGCAACAGCACCAAGGACACAGCAAAGAUCACCAUACCUACGUACCAGGACAUGGGCAAACGGCUGCUGGCCCACCAAGUUCCCCUCUGCCAAAUAAACAGCGUGACACUGAAGUAUAUCCCAAAAAAACGGUUUUGGAGAAGGGAUGAGCCAUCCAUUGUUGGCAAGUUCUGUGUGGCACCGCUGCCUCUCAAUAGUAGCCGGACAAUGUCAUGCCUGCCCUGGAACCUCACUCUCCCCAGCGAAACAGACAUCUCCUAUGACCUACCCACUGCUUGUGCCUAGCACUGCCUUUGGGAUACACAAAACCAGAAAGGAGUCCUAAACCUAUUGCUGCUCUCUGCUCACAGGUGAUACUUUCACCAUAAAUCUGGAUGGGUUUCUUGCUCCCUGCAUGGGGACAGGAUAUCAAGAAAAAGAAGUGUGUGGAAUGUCAGCAAGUACAAGGUUAACUGGUUACAGCAAAACCUCUCAGUUAAAAGACUGGAUUGAACUUCUAUCUCACAGGUUCUGUAGCCAGCUCUGAAAGUGAGACAGGCAAGUCGUUUAUCUCAAUGUUUGUAUCUGUGUGAAAGAAGGAGGAGAUAAUACACUCUUUGUACAGUGGGAGUAUUGGUAUGAUUCAUUUGUGUUUCA